UUCCUGUUUGUCUCACUCUCUCUUUCUGCUUCUAUCUGUGCUACAGGAAUCAUCUGGAGAGAGACGAGCCGCAUCUGAAUAUCGCUGUUCCCAAGACCAGGAGCGAGUUCCUUCAAUAUUCCCAUCCGCUCACUCUGGAUAUGAACACAGUGCACACACUCCUCCAUCUGUCCGAGGACAGAAGAGUGAUUACUGUCCAUUUCCCAGAGGAGGCGUAUGUUGAUCAUCCAGACAGAUUUGAUCAUUAUCCUCAGGUGUUGUGUAGAGAGAGUGUGACUGGACGCUCUUACUGGGAGAUCGAGUGGAGUGGUGAUGGUUUUGUGCAUAUAGCAGUGUCGUAUAAGGGCAUCAGCAGGAAGGGAUCAGGGAAUGAGUGUGUGUUUGGAGUGUCCAGCGGUAUAAUAGGAGUGUUUGUGGAUCACAGUGCAGGAACUCUGUCCUUCUACAGGGUCGACAGAGACACAAUGAACCUCAUACACAAAGCCCAGACCACAUUCACUAAGCCGCUCUAUCCGGGGUUUGCGGUUGGUCUUGGAUCAGUGAAACUGUUGAAGAAUUAGAAUAGACUGUAGAGAGAUUCUACCCAUAAUGCUUUGAGCUGUGUCAUAAAUCAUAAACAUUGAGAUGUUAUGGAGUCUUUUAUUUUCUCUUCAUUACAUUAAUAACAGCUGAACUUCUGUUUCUGAAAUAUGUCAGAAUAAAUGUGUGUAAUAAAUCCUCAUAUAGACAUCAA